AUGUCCGCUGUGUUCGGUGCCGUGUUCUGUCUGGAUUGUUGUUUGACAUCGGUCAAGCGAUACGAAGCACAGUCGGGGGACACAAAAUCGCCGACCGACACGGCAGAUACCACACAUGAACCACCGAAUUUUGUGGUUAGUUUGAGCAACGGACACGAGGUUCACACUCGAUGCGUUCUGAUUGGAGCUGAACAGGCCCCUGCCGAAUGGAUACGACCACAAGUUCAUCGGUAA